AUGGAGGCAAAUACAAAGCGUCCUAGGCUUGCUCUUCAUAGAGCUCUCCUACUAGGAAGUGGUGGCGUUGGCAAGACAUCUCUCUGCAACAGUUUCUCUCUUGGUCACUUUGCUGACACGUUCGACUCUAGCAUUGAGAACGGCUACCGGAAGGAGAUCACGGUUGACGACAAGCCAUGCGUGAUUCAUAUCUUCGACAAAGCUGGCCAGGCUGAACAUCUGGCUCUCAGACAGGAAUGGAUCCGAGAAAGUACGGCCUUUAUACUCGUCUUUAGCUUCUUAUCGAGGGAGUCAUUCGAAAAGACGAAGAAGCUGCAUCAGCAGAUACGAUCGAUUAAAAACGCACCGUUCCCAUUGAUCCUCGCCGGAAACAAGAGUGAUACCAGGCCGGAAUUGUGGGAAAUACCUGUUGAGGAGGCAAGGAGUUUGGCAACAGAGUUUGGUUGCGAAAUUGUGCAAACAUCAGCCAAAUAUGACGAAAAUAUAGAAGAAAUGUUUCACAAACUGAUCGCGCUAGCCCAUCACAUCGAUGAAGGAAACCGAGAACAGUCAAAUGAUUUUCAGAAUCCACUGAACGCUUUUCCCAGCGCCGAACUGAACAUCGACGACAAAGAUUCACAUGCCGACGGCGCCAGGAACGAUAACACAAAGGACCAGUCAGCGGAUACGAGCGAAAGAAUAUUCGAACCAACCUCUACCACUAUCAAUCACACAGAUUUAUCACGUCAUAUAGAUCACGCCACCGAACGAAUGGAUGAUCCAAUGCCCAGGAGAAAUUACAGAGAAAGAACUGGCUGGAGACGCCGUUUCUCAGAUUUUCUGAGACAGUUCUGA